AUGGCCUUUGUCCCUGCACCUGGUUACCUGCCCACCUACAACCCGACUCUGCCCUACAACAAACCCAUCCCAGGGGGCCUCAGUCCAGGCAUGUCCAUUUACAUCCAAGGAAUGGCCAAUGAGAACAUGAAGAGAUUCUUUGUGAACUUCGUGGUGGGACAGGCCCCGGAGUCGGACAUCGCCUUCCACUUCAAUCCCCGCUUUGAUGGCUGGGACAAGGUGGUCUUCAACACACUGCAGGGUGGCCACUGGGGCAAAGAGGAGAAGAAAAGGAGCAUGCCCUUUUCUAAGGGUUCCAACUUUGAGCUGGUGUUCAUGGUCCACGCAGAGCACUACAAGGUGGUGGUAAACGGAAAUCCCUUCUAUGAGUUUGAGCAUCGGAUCCCCGUACAGAUGGUCACCCACCUGCAAAUAGAUGGGGAUCUGGAGCUACAAUCCAUCAACUUCAUUGGAGGUCAACCUGCCCCAAAUCAGGGACCCAUGGUUACCCCAGCAUACCCAGGUCCUGGGCAGUGCCAUACACCACCAAACAGCCUGCCUACGAUGGAGGGACCCCCAGUCUUCAACCCGCCUGUGCCAUUUGUGGGAAGACUGCAAGGGGGACUUACAGCUCGAAAAACCGUCAUCAUCAGGGGCUCUGUACCCUUCUCAGCCAAGAGCUUUGCCAUCAACUUCAAGGUGGGCUUCUCAGGAGACGUCGCCUUACACAUUAACCCCCGCCUGAACCAGGGUGUGGUGGUUCGGAAUAGCCAGUUAAAUGGCUCGUGGGGAUCUGAGGAGAGGACAUUAUCCAGCAACCCAUUUGGUCCUGGACAGUUCUUUGAUUUAUCCAUUCGCUGUGGCAUGGAUCGCUUCAAGAUCUAUGCCAAUGGCCAGCAUCUCUUUGACUACUCCCAUCGCUUCAAGGCCUUCCAGAAGGUGGACAUGUUGGAGAUCACGGGUGAUGUCACCUUGUCCUAUGUCCAGAUCUGA